AUGUCAACAAUAACCCAGCAUUAGAUCAACGAGAAGAUCUUCGACAACAGAAGAGGAGGAGUCUAUGACGAUUCCACAACAGACAACCAAUUCAUUCAGAGUCUGUUCAACCAGCCAUAUAUGCUGACUAACCCAGAGAUGUUCAGAUUCCGUGAAAAAAUUAUCCUUCCAUAACUACAAGGGAUAAAUUAUGUAGGUCUCAUCAUAGGUCCAAAGGGCACCUAUUAAAAGAAACUAGAAGAGCUCACUGGCUGCAAGAUUCUCAUCAGAGGCAAGAACUCACACAAGGAAGGCUACCCUCCACAGCCAGAUGAUCAUGAGGAGCAGCACAUUCUCAUACUAAGUGAUACUGAGGAGAAGAUAAUAAGAGCUAAGGAUGAAGUGCAGAAGAUACUAAGGUCUGAUGAGCAAACUAGGCAUCAGAUAAGAAUGCAACAGCUUAGUGAUGCCUAAGAACUGAGUAAAAAGGUGUAUUCAGUUCCAAUUGAAGAUCACUUGCUAACUCCUUAUGGACCUCCAAGUCCUCACGCUUACAUCAAGCCAGUGCCAAAUGAAUGUGUUGGCUUGAUCAUCGGCAAGGGAGGUGAUACUAUCAGACUGAUUCAACUUAAAAGUGGAGCCAGAGUGUAGGUGGCUAAGAAAUAGAUUCCAAACUCAACAUUAAGAAACGUAUUCAUUGAGGGGUCUUUGGAGAAGUAUGAAAAGGCCAAUAAGUUGAUAGAAGAGAUUGUUGAGGAGCAUAGAAAGAUGCAUUUGAGUUACUAAACUCUGAUUGCAGGAGUGCAUCCCGUUACUCCUCCCACUGGCUCGAGUAGUGAUUAAUAUCCCAAAUAAUUAGUUGAUCAAUAAAAUACAGGCAGAAAUAAUUAGAUCAAUUAAGGCCAAAUGAACAACCAGAUGUCUCAAAUGCAGCAGUAGAAUCCCCUGAUUCAGAUGCAACCAGUAUUCUAGCCUCAACAGAACUCGCAUAUGUCCAUUGAGUAAUAAAGAAAAGCGUUUCUACAUCACUAAGAGCAAUGCAUGCAGAUGCAAAAGCAACUCGAAAAGAAUCCCUUUCCAGGACCUCACACAUAUGUGUCAAUUCCAAAUGCUAUGACUGCUUACAUCAUAGGCUUUCAUGGAGAGAAAGUGAAAGCACUGCACCAGCAAACUGGAGCCUACAUCUUUAUCCCUAAGGAUCACAACACUCUGACUGAUGAAAGAGUCAUUUAGCUUUCAGGAAACGAGAAUUCAGUCUAGCUUUGCAAAAACCUAAUCAAGAACAUUAUUCAGCAGAUGGCUCCUCACUUGAAUAUCGAUAUGGAUGAGUUUAAAGCAACCAAGCAGGUUGUCGAGGAGAACUUCAAGAAGUUCAUGAGUCAGCAGCUUAUCAAGAAAAGUGAAGGCAGUCAGUUUGACGAGAAUGAUGCCUAAGAAAUGCUCAAUCUAAUCAAGAAUGAGUAGAUGCUGGCUCAGGGGCUUAUGGACUAAAAUUAGAAUAUGCUCCUUAAUAAUCAGUAGAAUGGGGGAGGUAAUAAUAUGCAGCAGCAACAAUAGUAUCUAGGCAUGCCUUAUCAACAGCCAAUGCAACAAAUGAUGCAAGACUACUCUUAGUUGAACAACAAUUACUACCAAAUGGCACCCCAGUAAUAAAUGUAAACUCAAUAUCAGCAGCCAGCCUAUAAUCAUCAAAUAUACCCUAACUACUGGCAGCAAUAACACAUCUAGCAGCAACACUAACUCUAACCACUUUUAAUGAAUCCCAACUGGAUUAACCAUAACUACGGAAUAAAAACUGAUGAGUCACAACAAUAACAGUAAAAUUAAAUGACUUAGUAAAACCUGAAUAAAAUGAGCUCUCUCCAUGGAAACUUAAGCGAGUCUAAUUUCAAAGCCCUAUAUGCUGGCAGUCCCUAUUAGAGUUUCUGA